AUGUCUGACACUCAAGUUUCGAAUGAUUCCGGCAACAGUUCAUUUGGUGGCAACUCCGACAUUCUGAUACCGCACGCUGCUCGCUUUUGGAUUCUUCUACCACCCGAUAUUGCAUCUACCUUAUGCACAUUUGUAACUCUCAUUUAUAUUUUUAAAAAUCAAAAAGCACGUUCAAACAUAAAAAAUCAUGUUCUCAUAAUUUUGCUUCUUUUUGGCUUGGCUAUUCAAUUAAUUGAUGUACCUUUCUACCUUAACUUUACUGUGCAUUCGGCUGUUAUUCCAGCAAAUCCAUCAGUUUGUCAAAUUUGGAGUUUCGUCGAUAUUGGUUUGUACAAUGGAACAAUCAUUCUCAUGGCUUGGAUGUCGUUUGAACGACAUAUUCUCGUAUUUCAUGAUCAAUGGGUGUCAACAAGAAAAAAACGAAUAAUCAUACAUUAUAUACCAAUAUCUUCGAUAAUUUUAUAUGUUUUUAUUUAUUACAUAUAUGUUAUUUAUUUUUAUCCAUGUAAACAUGAUUAUGAUUAUGCAUCCAUCUAUUGUGGCUCCUCCACCUGUUAUACAGACAACAAGAUUUUGAAUUGGUGGGAUAUAUUUGCUAACAGUGUCAUACCGUCCUUACUCGAACCAUUUAUUACAUUGAGUUUUCUUUUUCGAGUAAUCUGGCAGAAGCAUCGCUCACAUCAGCCGAUGCAAUGGCGUAAAAGGCGAAAAAUGACAAUUCAGCUCAUGGGGCUGGCGAUUCCAAAUUUCUCUCUGAACUUUCCCCUGAGCGUUUUGUAUAUUGCUCAGCUAUGUGGUAUGCCGUUCUACAGCGAAUCCGAUGUUACAUCGUACAUGUAUUUCUUUUGCUACUUCAUUACUUUCAUAUUUUCAUUCAUUUGCCUUAUCUCGAUAGUUGAUGUAAAAAAAGUAUUUCUAGAAAAAAUAUUUCACCGACAACGACAGCCAUUAACACGAUUCACAGUGACAGUUAAACCGCAAGGCUCUAGAACAAUUAUGGCCACUCAAAUUCCACUGAAGAAUUUUAAAAUUCAAUAUUAG